AUGAACGGCACAAACGGUGUAAACGGCUCUUCCCACGAAACGAUGGCAGACGAGGCGAUGCCCUUCCUCACGACCCAACCACCAGCGGACCAGAACUGGGCCAUAACACUCAAAGAUAAGGUCAUAGCGAUUACAGGCGCAAACCGAGGCAUCGGCCUGGGCAUAGCAGAAGUCUGUCUCGCCAACUCCGCCAAAAUUGUCUACUCUCUGGAUCUCAUGGAUCCUAGCGAAGACUUCUUCGCGCUACAAAAGAAGCACCCCAACUUCAAGUACAUCCAGACGAACGUGACGGUCGAGUCCAGCGUCGAGUCCGCCAUAAACAGCAUCGUUGAGGCCGAAGGCGCAAUCCACGGCAUGGUCUGCAACGCCGGCAUGACGAAGCACCAGCCCGCGCUGAACUUCUCCCGCGAAGAGGUCGAGAAACUCUUCAAUCUCAACGUCUUCGGCGCCUUUUCCUGCGCCCAGAUCGCGGCGCGGAAGUUCAUCGAGCUCGGCGUCAAGGGCAGCAUCGUCUUUACCGCGUCCAUGACCUCGUACCGGCCCAAUCGCGCAGCGCCGUCGGCACCGUAUGGCGGCACUAAGGCUGCGGUCCGCAACAUGACGCAUACCCUUGCGAUGGAGUGGGCGAAGCAUGGGAUUCGUGUCAACUCAAUAUCGCCUGGCUUCGUGAGGACGGCUAUGACGUACUAUGUAGAAAGGGCGCCAGACUGGGAUCUGAAGAUGCAAUACUACGGUGGUAUGCCUCGUCUAGCAAUGCCUCAGGAGCUCGGAGGCGCGUACGUUUACUUGUUGAGUGACACUGCGUCGUACACCACUGGCAUAGAUAUUCCCAUCGCUGGCAUUGUUGGUGCUUGGUAA